AUGAGCCGCGACAGGUUCCAGGAGCUCCAGGGCCAAAGCCAAGGGGGAUACGGCGGAGGGUACAACGCCGGAAAUAGCAACCAAUGGUCUGGGUACCAAGCCAGCCCGCACGAGCAGCGCAUCGAGAUGAACAACUUUGGCUACAACAACGGUGCAGCAGGCGGCAUGAACACGGACAACGAAUUCUUUGGGCUGGUUGACAAAAUCACCGAGCAGAUGUCGCAGGUGGACCAGCGGAUCCAGCAGAUCUCCCAGCUACACGAGCAGGCCCUGAACGCAACCAGCGAAAGCAAGCACACGCAGGCCGCCUCUGACCGCGACCGCUUGGUGGGCGACACGAAUGCAAUGAUCACCGAAAUCAAGCGCGACCUGCAGCGCAUCGACCAGGUGCUGCAGAGCUCGCAGAACGACCCGUCGGUGUCAAAGAGCCAGCACGUGGCGCGCGCCAGCCGGCAGCAGGGGCUGGCAAAGAAGUUCUCGGAGCAGAUCCAGCGGUACCGCCAGAUGGAGCACCACGCCAGUACCGGAUUGCCGAGGCCCGAUGCGACCGAUGCAGAAAUCGCCGAUGCCAUUGAGAGCGACCAGGCAGGCCAGGUGUUUGCCCAGUCCGUGAUGCAGACAUCCAGGGUCGGCGAGGCUCGCCGCGUGCUGCGGGAUGUCGAGGAGCGGCAGGCAGACAUCCGCAAGAUCGAGCAGACGAUUAACGAGCUGGCGCAGAUGUUUAGCGAGGUGUCGGAGAUGGUCAACCGGCAGCAGGAGAUGAUCGACAACAUCGAGAGCGCCGUCGAGGACACGCAUGUGCAUGUUGAGACAGCCCGCCAAGAGGUCGACAAGGCCAUUGUGUUCAGAAAGAAGUCGCGCAAGCGCCUGUGGUGCAUCCUGGCGCUGGUCGUCAUCCUCAUCAUCAUCAUCGUGCUCAUUGUCUACUUCACCGUCAUCAAGAAGAAAUAG